AUGCCCUCCAUACGUGCUCAGCAUGCUCAGAACGUGAUUCUUGAGUAUCAACUUCGACUGGCUAAGUCGAAAACAGGGCUCCCCCCUCUCCGUCCUCCUCCUUUGCGCGAAAAUAACGGUGAACCAAUCCGUGUUGGCAUUCUUGGCGGGGGUAUUGCUGGACUCUAUGCCGCCCUUCUCAUCGACUACCUUGGACCUGAGAGUGGGAUCGCCUACGACAUUUUAGAAGCAAACCCAGACCGUAUAGGCGGACGUCUGUACACGCAUCGAUUCAGCGACUCGCCCAAUGACUACUUUGAUGCAGGAGCGAUGCGCUACCCAAAAAUUCCAUGGAUGAAGCCUACCUUCGCCCUCUUCAAAUAUCUCAACCUCGACGACCCUAAAACGCUUAUACCUUACUACCUCAGGGACUUGCGCGGUAACAACAUCUGCCACUUCAACAACACAGCCAUCCUCUCCGCACGCCUCGAGGCUGCGGACGCUCGAGGUGACUUAGAUCCGUUCGGCACUAAGGUCUGCGGCCUGACCGACACGGUCGAUAACCUCGUCGGCAAGAAGCUCAACCCGUUCAAGGACAUGCUCACUGAGGAUUUUCAAAGUGGGUGGGAGGUGCUGAUGUCGGUCGAUCAGUGGUCAAUGAGGGACUGGCUCGCCUCGGCUGCAGAUGAUUCUCAAGAGGCAUAUACAGAGCCGCUCAUCAAUUAUCUCGAGACGUUCACUUCGUCCUCUGGCCUUUUCAACUGUGCGCUAUCGGAGAUGAUAAUGGACGCAAUGGACUUCGACUACCAGCCAACACCCGAGUGGUUCACCGUUCAGGGAGGCGGAGAAGUAAUUGUGAAUUCCAUCAUCGACCGUCUAACUCAACCCGUCUAUCGAGGCCGCCGCGUCACCGCAGUUGCUCCCGUCUUCGAGCCCGAGUCCACAACUCCAAUCGCACUCAAUGUCACGACCACCUCCGAAAACGGCCUGGUCGAUUCCCAAUACGAGCACGUCAUCUCCACGCUGCCCUUUGGCUGUCUUCGCAUGGUCGAUACGUCUGCCCUCGAAUUCCCCUGGGACCUACAAACGGCGCUCAGGACGCUCCAUUACGACUCUGCUGUCAAAGUCGCCGUAAAAUUCAAAACAAGGUGGUGGGAGAAACUCCCCCACCCUCAGGUCGGCGGUGCCUCGACGACCGACCGGCCGACGCGGAUGGUCGUAUACCCUUCGUAUGGUAUUGGCUCGGAGGACGCGACGAUGAUUGUGAGCUACACCUGGGCACAGGACGCCCUUCGCAUCGGCGCGUACGCCAAGGGCCAUGACACCUCGAGCGAGCUGGCGCUCCUUGAAUGCAUCAAACGCGACCUCGCCGACAUGCAUGGCAUCAAGGAUUUGAGCGUCCUUGAUCACGUCGAUUACAAGAUUGUCGACUGGUAUGGCGACGAAUAUUCCAAUGGUGCCUUCGCUCUCUUCGGUCCGGGCCAGUUCUCCAGCAUGCACCAACAGGUCACCCAACCCAUUCUGGGCAUGUUCCACUUCGCCGGUGAAGCUACCAGCGUUCAUCAUGCUUGGGUCGUCGGGUCACUCAACAGUGCCUACCGCUCCAUACUUGAGAUCUUGAUUCACGAAGGGAAAUUCUCCAUGAUAAACAAGCUGACCUCUCCCGAAUGCCCCUUCCCAAGACCGGACGAGAUCGACUGCAUCCUGACUAUCGUGCAGGUCGCCCUCGGUCAGAGCCACAGGCUGUCCGGUCAGUCUGCACCCGACCCUGUUAUCCAGCAGAGUUCUUGGUCGUCGCUGCUGCGUUAACUUGCGUCUACAACUGGCCUUGUCGUGUGUACGUUGGGUUUCCCACCCGUCAUGUAACGUAGAAGUUAUUCUGUGUGUAUGUAUACCAUGUCCGCCAUUCAUCGCCCAAGGACAUCCUUGUACCUACAUAUUCUCACUGGCACAAAAUCAUUGUUUGUUUUCAAGACGAAGGUCUUUUAGUAGUUCAGUACAUACCUGACUUUGAGCCCAAACUUGAAAAGGACGAUCGCUGUCGCCAAACCACUAUUACAACUCCCC